UUCUUCUAACACUUUUAUUCUCUAACGUGAAAGUUUUGCUCUUUGAAAUGUUCUUUCUUAUGAAUUUACCGGGUUAUUUUGACAUCACACAUUUACUAUUUUUUAAUAAGCUCCUGAGAGAUGUGUCGAGCUCCUGAAUUUAGAUUUCCAGCAAUAAUAAUGAAGUAACUGUGCUGUGAUCCAGUCUUUGUCAGAAGAGAUUUACCUACAGUACUGUCCAAACGUUUUAGGCGGGUGUGAAAAAAUGCUGUAAACAAAGAAUGCUUUUAGAAAUAUAAAUGAUUGUUUAUUGGGCCUAGAUGUAUCCUGCAGCAGGACAACAACCCCAAACAUACAGCCAAAGUCAUUAAGAACUGUCUUCAGCAUAAAGAAGAACAAGAAGUACUGGAAGUGAUGGUAUGGCCCCCACAGAGCCCUGAUCGAGGGUGUCUGGGAUUACAUGAAGAGACAGAAGGAUGUGAGGAAGCCUACAUCCACAGAAGAUCUGUGGUUAGUUCUCCAAAAUGUUUGGAACAACAUACCAGCUGAGUUCCUUCAAAAACUAGGGACAUUUCUAAGUGUACCUAGAAGAAUUGAUGCGGUUUUGAAGGCAAAGGCUGGUCACACCAAAUAUUGAUUUGACUUAGAUUUCUUUUUUGUUCAUUCACUGCAUUUUGUUGAUUGAUGAAAAUAUAUUAACACUUCCGUUUUUGAAAGCAUUCUUUGUUUACAGCAUUUUUUCCUCACCUGCCUAAAACUUUUGCGCAGUACUGUAUCUGAACUUUUGUAACCUUCCUAACACGUUGGGAUUUCACUUGCAAAACACUAUAUAACAGAUUACACUCUCACUGUGCAUAAAUUUGCCUCCCAGCCACAAGCGGUUAUGAAAGAAGUCCUCGUAUGUUUCGUAAAAAACUGAACAGUGCUUCUCUUGUGUUUCUUUGUCUCUGCUGCCUGCAAAUGUCUUGAUAAGCCGGCGCCGAAUUACACUAAUCUUUAAAGAACCUCCACUGCUUCAAGUGCCUCACGUCUGAAGGGAAAACUUUGAAGUUUAGUCUUUUUGUUUUGUUGUUGUUUUUUUGCUUGCAUUUUAAUUUAUUUACACUAUUUAUUACAGACGAGUAUAAGUUUACACUGAGAAUGACUUCAGCUGUUAGGGGAGUCUAUCACAUUACAGCAUUCAGCUGGUAUGCUUUUAUUGUUAAGAAUCUCAACGAUAAGGAUGGAGAGGAUUUGCCACCAGGAAUCUUUGUUUAUGGAGGACCUUGGAAGUACCUCACUUUUUUAAACUUGUUAUUGCAAAUGACGUUCUUUGGACUGGCGGCAGUGAAUGAUCUUCAACCUGGGAAAAAGGCUGAGAGUACUCUGAGCAAGUUUAAAGACUUUCUCUUCUCUGUCUUUGCCUUUCCAGUGGGCACGUUCGUUGUUCUACUUUUCUGGGCAAUCUUUGCAUAUGAUAGAGAAUUAGUCUAUCCAGCUACCAUCGACACCUUCUUCCCUCCGUGGAUGAACCACGCUAUGCACACAUUUGUCCUUCCCAUCUUACUUGGAGAAGUGCUGGUGCAGCCUCACGCCUACCCACAGACUAAACGUGCACUGACGGCAUUAGGAAUCGUGGGCUUGGCUUACUUAUCUUGGUAAGUGCUGACUCAGCAUCAACAGCAUAAUCAAGCAAUCAAAGCAUGUCUUGAGUUUUUAUCUUUCAUUUAACACUGAUUAAAGUUCAUCUUCGCGUGGCUGAAAGCACAACACUGUCUAAAUGCAUCUAUUUUUGCUGCUCC